AUGUCCUUCAACCACCUCGCCUCCGAGCUGCCCGCCUGGGCCAAGCUGCAGAAGCUCUACGAGAGCAAGGGCAAGGCCAUCGACCUGCGCAAGGCCUUCGACGCCGACCCCAAGCGCUUCGAGUCGUACUCGCGCGCCUUCACGGGCCAGAAGACCGACGCGGCGCUUCUCGUCGACGUCUCCAAGAACCUCAUCGACGACGAGAUCUUUGCCUCGCUCCUCGACCUGGCGCGCGAGGCCAAGGUCGAGGAGCAGCGCGACGCCAUGUACGCCGGCGAGCGCAUCAACUCGUCCGAGGACCGCAGCGUGCUGCACAUUGCGCUGCGCGACCUGCCCGGCGCGUUCGGCAGCAAGGCCGAGGGCGUCGACGAGGUCAAGGGCGAGCUGGCGCACAUGAAGAGCUUCAGCGACGCCGUGCGCUCGGGCGCGCACAAGGGCUACACGGGCAAGGCCAUCAAGAGCAUCGUCAACAUCGGCAUCGGCGGCAGCAACCUCGGCCCGCUGAUGGUCACCGAGGCGCUCAAGCCGUACGCCAAGCGCGACCUCGCCGCGCACUUUGUCUCCAACAUCGACGGCACGCACAUGGUCGAGGCGCUGCGCCAGUGCGACCCCGAGACGACGCUCUUCAUCGUCGCCUCCAAGACGUUCACCACGCAGGAGACCAUCACCAACGCCACGACGGCGCGCGACUGGUUCCUCAAGACGGCCGGCAGCAAGGAGCACGUGAGCAAGCACUUCGUCGCCCUCUCCACCAACGUCAAGGCCGCGACGGACUUUGGCAUUGCCGAGCAGAACAUGUUCAAGUUCUGGGACUGGGUCGGCGGCCGCUACUCGCUCUGGAGCGCCAUCGGCCUCUCCAUCUGCCUCGUCAUUGGCUACGACAACUUCGAGCAGGUGCUGCUCGGCGCGCACGACAUGGACGAGCACUUCAAGAGCGCGCCGCUCGAGCAGAACAUCCCCGUCAUCCUCGCCGUCAUUGGCAUCUGGUACAACAACUUCUUCGGCGCCCAGUCGUACGCGCAGCUGUGCUACGACCAGUACAUGCACCGCUUCGCCGCCUACUUCCAGCAGGCGAGCAUGGAGUCGAACGGCAAGGGCGUGGCCAAGAACGGCAAGCCCGUCAACUACGAGACGGGAGAGAUCCUGUGGGGCGAGCCGGGCACCGACGGCCAGCACGCCUUCUACCAGCUCAUCCACCAGGGCACCAAGCUCGUGCCGGCCGACUUCAUUGCGCCGGUGGAGACGCACAACCCAACGGGCCAGCACCACGACAUUCUGCUGUCCAACUUCUUCGCGCAGCCUGAGGCUCUCGCCUUUGGCAAGACCGAGGAGGAGGUCAAGGCCGAGCUGAGCACGGAGGACCAGGGCAACUCCUUCCUCGUCAAGUCGAAGAUCUUCUCGGGUAACCGCCCGACGAACUCGAUCAUGAUCCAGAAGAUCAGCCCGGCCGGCCUGGGCGCUCUGCUGUCCAUGUACGAGCACAAGAUCGCCACGCAGGGCUUCAUCUGGAACAUCAACUCCUUCGACCAGUGGGGCGUCGAGCUCGGCAAGGUGCUUGCCAAGAAGAUCCUGCCGUCGCUCACCGGCGAGAAGGGCGUCGAUGGCCACGACAGCAGCACGACGGGCCUCAUCAACUACUACCUCAAGAACCGCAAGCAGUGACUCGGCCGUGACGCGACUAUUCCCCGCCAGCCACGCCUGUAGAGCAC